AUGGCCGACACAUCGGAGCGCAGCAACAUCCACGUCCUCCUGCUCCCGUACCCGAGCCAAGGCCACAUCAACCCGAUCCUCCAGUUCGGUAAGCGCCUCGCGGCGCACCGGGGCGUGCGGUGCACGCUCGCCGCGACGCGGUUCGUGCUCAGCAACAGCCAGCAGCCGUGCCCCGGCGACGCCGUCCGCAUCGUCGCCAUCUCGGAUGGCUGCGACCGCGGCGGCCGCGCCGAGGCCGGCGAGGCCGCCGCGUACCUGUCUCGGCUGGAGUCGGCCGGGUCGGAGACCGUGGACCAGCUGCUCCGGUCCGAGGCGGAGCAGGGCAGGCCCGUGCACGCCGUGGUGUACGACUCGUUCAUGCUGUGGGCACCGCGCGUGGCGCGGCGGCACGGCGCGUCGUGCGCGGCCUUCUUCACGCAGGCGUGCGCGGUGAACGUGGCCUACUCCCACGCGCGGGCCGGCCGGGUGGAGCUGCCGGUGGCGGCGGGGGGCGAGGGCAAGGCGCUGCCGGAGCUGCCGGGCCUGCCGGCGGGGCUGGAACCGGCCGACUUCCCCACGUUCCUGACCGAGCCCGACGGCGGCUGCCGCGCCUACCUUGACCUGCUGCUGCAGCAGUGCCAGGGGUUUGAGGUGGCAGACCACAUCCUCGUCAACUCGUUCUACGAGCUGGAGACCAAGGAAGCGGAGUACAUGGCGUCGCGGUGGGGUGCCAAGACGGUCGGGCCAUCGGUGCCGUCGGCGUACCUCGACAACCGCCUCCCCGACGACGUGUCCUACGGAUUCCACCUGCUCGCCCCGAUGAGGGAGGAAAGCAAGGCCUGGCUCGACGAGCGGCCGGCACGCUCCGUCGUGUACGUCUCCUUCGGCAGCCUCGCCGCGCCGAGCUCUGCUCAGAUGGCCGAGGUGGCCGAGGGCUUGUGCAGCAGCGGCAAGGACUUCCUGUGGGUCGUCAGAGCCUCGGAGACUCCCAAGAUCCCCGGCGGUUUCGCUGACAAGGCCAGGGGGAGGGGGCUCGUCGUGACAUGGUGCCCGCAGCUGGAGGUCCUGGCGCACCCCGCCGUUGGGUGCUUCGUGACGCACUGCGGCUGGAACUCGACCAUGGAGGCGCUGGGCAUCGGUGUGCCGAUGAUAGCAAUGCCGCAGUGGUCAGACCAGCCGACGAACGCCAAAUACAUUGAAGAUGUUUGGCGAGUCGGCGUGAAGCUACGACCAGACGACGCUGGAUGUCUAGUGAGGAAAGAUGAGGUGGAGAGGUGCAUUAGGCUGGUGAUGGAAGGAGAGACUAGCAAGGAGUACAGGGAAAAUGCUAUGGGAUGGAGCGAGAAGGCAAAAAAGGCCAUGAGUGAAGGUGGUAGCUCGGACAACAAUAUCAUGGAGUUCCUCAGCAAAAUUCGAUUGAAAUGA